UACUUUCUACCGAACUCCAAUCAAGAUGGGCAUAGGCUGGGGGGUACGAAUACCACUAUGGAUACCAAUAUUAGUGAUCACCUUUAUGCAGAACAAAGUCAAAGCGCAAUACGAGGACCAACAAGCAAAUUAUGAUGACUAUAAUUAUGUCCAGCAGGGACAAGACUAUUUUUCUGUACCAGUAACUAAACCACAAGAAGUGACAAUCAUCCAACCACUGAGAACGACGCUGCCCAUAAAGCCUGGCAACCCUGCUCACAAUGGACGUGUGUGCAGCACCUGGGGAAACUUCCACUUCAAGACCUUUGAUGGAGACAUCUUUCACUUCCCCGGGCUCUGCAACUAUGUCUUUGCAUCCCACUGCAAAUCUGCCUACGAGGACUUCAACAUCCAGAUCAGGCGCACUGUGCUGGAAAGCUCUCCUGUGAUCAGCCAUAUCACCCUGAAGCUUGACGGAAUGGUGACUGAACUGACCUCAGACUCCAUUGUGGUCAAUGGCAACCCAAUUCAGCUGCCUUUCAGCCAGUCAGGAAUCCUGAUAGAGAGAAGUAGCGGAUAUUUGAAAAUCACUGCCAAGAUGGGCAUGGUCUUCAUGUGGAACCAACUGGAUGGCCUUCUGGUGGAACUGGAUAAGAAAUAUGCCAAUCAGACCUGUGGGCUUUGUGGGGACUUCAAUGGCAUUCCAAUUUACAAUGAGUUCACAUCAAACAACAUCAAGCUGACUGACGUACAGUUUGGGAAUAUGCAGAAGAUGGAUGGACCCACAGAGCAAUGCGAGGAUCCUACAUCUUCUUCUCUUUCAAACUGCUCUAAUGAAUUUAGUGCUAUCUGCCAGACAAUAUUGACUGGUGAAGCGUUUGUGAGCUGCAAUGCACUGGUGGAUGUUCAAGACUAUAUUGACUCUUGCGUACAAGACUUGUGCCGCUGUGAUGAGUCUAUGCGUGAUUUCUGCAUCUGUAACACCUUUGCUGAAUACUCCCGGCAGUGCGCCCAUGCUGGUGGACAACCUCUGAACUGGAGAACUAAAGAACUGUGCAACAAGACAUGCCCUUAUAACAUGCAGCACGAGGAAUGUGGCUCCCCCUGUGCUAACACCUGCACCAACCCUGAAAGGUCAGCCCUCUGUGAAGAUCACUGUACCGAUGGCUGCAUCUGCCCCCCAGGAACCUUGUUUGAUGACAUUAACAGCUCUGGAUGUAUCCCUCUCAGCGAGUGCCCCUGUACCUACAAAGGUGAAACCUAUAGUCCAGGUGCUUCUUUUGCAUCCCAGUGCACUUCAUGUACCUGUACUGGAGGCCAGUGGAGUUGUGUCAGCCGUUCCUGCCCUGGGACUUGCUCCAUUGAAGGAGGUUCCCACAUCUCCACAUUUGAUGAGAAACGUUAUUCCUUCUUUGGAGAUUGUAGCUAUAUCCUGACGAAGCUCUGUGACAGCGAUGCCUUCACUGUUCUAGGAGAAGUCCGCAAAUGUGGCCUAACUGACACUGAGACAUGCCUGAAAGGUGUAGCCAUCAGCAUAAGUGGAGGACAAACUAUUGUUGUGAUCAAACCUUCUGGCAGCGUGUUUGUGAAUACGAUCUUCACCCAGUUGCCCUUCUCUGCAGCCAAUGUCACUAUCUUCAGGCCGUCAUCAUUCUUCAUCAUUGUACAAACAAAUUGUGGGCUUCAGCUUCAGAUGCAGCUUGUACCCAUCAUGCAACUCUUUGUAAACGUAGACCCGUCCCACAAAGGGCAGACAUGUGGUCUUUGUGGAAACUUCAACAAUAUCCAAGCAGAUGACUUCAAAGCCACAAGUGGCAUAGUGGAAGGAACAGCAGCCGCUUUUGCCAAUACCUGGAAAACCCAGGGUGAUUGUCCUGAUGUCAAAAACAUCUUUGAGAACCCCUGUACCCUCAGCAUAGAAAAUGAAAAAUAUGCUCAGCACUGGUGUGGAUUGCUGACUGAUACUCAAGGACCUUUUGCUGAAUGCCACUCAACAGUGAAUCCAGAUGUUUACCACACGAACUGCCUGUUUGACACCUGUAACUGUGAAAAGAGUGAGGAUUGUAUGUGUGCUGCCCUCUCUACCUAUGUCAAAGCCUGUGCUGCCAAAGGAGUCCUGUUGAAUGGAUGGAGGACCAAUGUCUGCACCAUAACCUCGUGCCCCAAAUCCCUGACGUACAGCUACGUUGUCAAUUCCUGUCAACCCACUUGCCGAUCUUUGAGCGAGCCCGAUAUCACAUGCAACAUCAAGUUCACUCCAGUUGAUGGCUGUACCUGCGCAAAUGGAACUUACAUGGAUGAAAAUGGCAAAUGCGUGCCUGCUACUAGCUGUCCUUGUUAUUACAAAGGAUCUGUGCUACCUUCUGGAGAGGUUGUUCACGACAAUGGUGUCAUAUGCUCUUGCACACAUGGAAAUCUGGACUGCGUUAGAGUGAAACCAGAACCAGUCUGUGUAGCUCCCAUGGUCUACUUUGACUGCAGCAAUGUCACUGCAGGCACAAUUGGCUCCGAGUGCCAGAAAAGCUGUCAGACUCUUGACAUGGGAUGCUACAGCACACAGUGCGUCUCUGGCUGCGUGUGCCCUAAUGAUCUAGUGUCAGAUGGCAAAGGUGGCUGUGUAGCUGUGGGGGAUUGUCCAUGUGUUCACAAUGAGGCCUCCUAUAAUCCAGGAGAAACAAUCAAAGUCAACUGUAACACCUGCACUUGUAAAAACAGAAUGUGGCAAUGCACCAAUGAAUCUUGCCUGGCAACCUGCUCUGUUUAUGGAGAUGGUCAUUACAUUACUUUCGAUGGCAAACGCUUCAGCUUUAGUGGAGAUUGUGAAUACACACUGGUCCAGGAUUACUGUGGUAAGAACAGUACCAGUCUUGGAACCUUCCGAGUUAUCACGGAGAACAUCCCCUGUGGAACCACUGGGACCACCUGCUCAAAGGCCAUUAAAGUCUUCCUAGGGAACUAUGAACUGGUACUCAGUGAUGGAAAGUUUGAAGUGAUAGAGAAGGUCCGUGGAGGGGAAGUGCCAUACAAGGUCCGUUACAUGGGCAUCUACAUGGUGAUUGACACCGACACUGGGUUGAUUCUCAUGUGGGAUAAGAAAACCAGCAUAUUCAUCAAGCUCAGCCCAGAUUUUAAGGGUCAGGUCUGUGGCCUGUGUGGGAACUAUGAUGGCAAUGGCAUUAAUGACUUUACCACCAGAAGUCAGUCUGUGGUAGGAGAUGUGCUGGAGUUUGGAAACAGCUGGAAGGUGUCUCCUACUUGCCCAGAUGCCAAGAGCAACAAGGAUCCUUGCCGUGCAAACCCUUACAGGAACUCUUGGGCCCAGAAGCAGUGCAGCAUAAUCAACAGCAAAGUAUUCUCUGCCUGUCACUCUCAGGUUGAACCAAAUGAAUAUUAUGAAGCAUGUGUGACUGAUGCAUGUGCCUGUGACACUGGGGGAGAUUGUGAAUGUUUCUGUACAGCGGUAGCUUCAUAUGCUCAAGCAUGUAAUGAGGCUGGCAUUUGUGUUGCAUGGAGAACCCCAUCUAUCUGUCCUCUGUUCUGUGAUUACUACAACCCGCAAGGAGAAUGUGAGUGGCACUACAAGCCUUGUGGGUCCCCUUGUAUGAAGACCUGCAGGAACCCAAGUGGAAAAUGCCUUCAUGAGUUACAAGGCUUGGAAGGCUGCUAUCCAAAGUGUCCAGAGAACAAGCCCUAUUUUGAUGAAGAUGAUAUGGAGUGUGUUGAUAAGUGUGGCUGUUACGAUACCAAGGGAAAAUAUUACAAGCCAGGAACACCCAUUCGUUCAGAAGAGAACUGUCUAUCAUGUGAAUGCACAAUGAAUGGCAUUAAGUGUGAAUAUGAUGAAGAUGAAUGCCACUGCACAUAUGAUGGAAAGCAAUAUGAGUAUGAGGAUGUCAUCUACAACACUACAGAUGGUAUUGGCGGGUGUAUCAUUGCAACUUGUGGUCACAAUGGAACAAUUGAUAGAAAAGUCUAUGCAUGUUCUACACCCUUAACCACAACGCCAUUUUCAUUUUCCUCUUCAACACCUAUAUCCACCACUACAGUGACACCAACUACAUCAGUCUGUGUUCGUGAAGUAUGCCAGUGGUCACAAUGGUAUGAUGUGAGCUAUCCAGGGUCUGGGAUCAACGGUGGAGAUUUCAACACAUUUGAUCAUUUAAGAGCCAAAGGAUACAAAGUCUGCAAAGCUCCAAAGGCUGUUGAAUGCAGAUCUGAGAAGUUCCCUAACACACCAUUAAGUGAACUAGAGCAAAAAGUAGAAUGUAGUACAACAAUGGGACUAACAUGUUAUAAUAAGGAUCAGCAUCAAAUGAUCUGCGACAACUUCCAGAUAAAAAUCUUAUGUUGUACCUUUGUACCAUGUGAAUAUACAACUCCUGCUACCACAACACCUGCGGAGACUACAACACCCAUCACAAAAACAACCACUCCAGAAAUUACUGUAACCAGUAUAUCUUCAACAACUACAGCACUACCUACCACCACAGAACCUAAAACAACUACUCUUUCAACAAGUACCAUGACCUCCAAAACUCCUUCAACAACUCAAGUCACAGAAACAACGAGUGUGUCAACUUCAACUCUUGGAACCACAGCUCCAUCAACAACAAUCCCUGAAACAACUGCUAGCCCUUCAACAGAAACUGUAUAUACUACAGGAGAAAUCACAUCCAUAACACCUUGUAAACCAAAAUGCAAAUGGUCUGAAUGGUAUGAUGUCCAUUUUCCCAGCCUGGACAAUAAAGGAGAUUCUGAAACAUAUGAUGAUAUUAGAGCAGCAGGAAAAGUGAUCUGCAGCAAACCUGAAAAUAUAGAAUGUCGAGCCGAGAAAUUCCCAGAAAAAUCAAUUGAUAACAUUGACCAAAUUGUCCAGUGCAAUGUAUCCUUUGGACUUGUCUGCAGGAAUGAAGAUCAGGAAGGAGUGCUCCAAAUGUGUUAUAACUAUCAAAUAAAAGUAUUGUGCUGUGAUAAUUUUAGUCAUUGCCCAUCCACAUCCACUACUACAGAAACAACAACAACUGCAGGCACACCCAUUGUUUCAACAGAAACUUCCACCCAGACUCCUACAACUACAGAAACUACAACUUCAGCCAUAAGAACUACACCUUCAACCACCACCACAACAGAAACCACAACCAAAGAAGUUAAAACAACUACUCCUUUAACAACCACUCCUAUCAAAACUCCAACAAUCACAACUACACCUUUCACUACCACAACCACAGAAACUACAACAACUGCAGGCACACCCAUUGUUUCAACAGAAACUUCCACCCAGACUCCUACAAUUACAGAAACUACAACUUCAACCACAAGAACUACACCUUCAACCACCACCAGCAUAGAAACUACAACAGUCACAACUACACCUUUCACUGCCACAACCACACAAACUACAACAACCACAGGUACUACAACCAUGACAACUCCUCAAACUACUACUACAAUAUCAACCACUACUCCAAUAAUCUCAACACCAAUUCCGGACACUUUUACAACUACAGCUACUUCACCAACCAAUACUCAAACCACCACCACCGAGUUUACCACAAUAGUAAAUAAAACCACUACACCAACAACUACUGAAACUACCACGGCUGCAACUGCUACACCUAUUUCAACAACAAAACCUACAUCAUCAAUAACAGUAACAACUACUCCAGCAAUAACCACAAUCUCAGAAACUACAACAGCUGUGACAACUGUUUCUCUAACAACUGCUGGUUGUAUUAAAGAACUAUGUGAAUGGUCACAAUGGUAUGAUAUAAGUUACCCAGGGUCUGCUAUCAAUGAUGGAGAUUUCGAUACAUUUAAGAAUAUAAGAGCCAAAGGAUACAAAGUAUGCAAAGCUCCAAAGGCUGUGGAAUGCAGAGCAGAAAGAUUCCCUAACACACCAUUGAAUGAGCUGGAGCAAAAUGUAAUAUGCAGUAAAACAGAAGGGCUGAUAUGUUAUAACAAGGAUCAACUUCCACCAAUCUGCUAUAAUUAUCAGAUCAAAAUUGAAUGUUGUCAAAAUGUAAUUGUAUCAUGCCCACCAACCACCCCAGCCAUUACCUCAAUUGUAACAACCACCCCAACCAUUACCCCUAUAGGAACAACCACCCCAGCCACUACCACAAUUGUAACAACCACCCCAACCAUUACCCCUAUAGGAACAACCACGCCAGCCACUACCCCAACUGUAACAACUACCCCAACCACUACCCCAACUGUAACAACUACCCCAGCCACUACCCCAACUGUAACAACAACAACAACAACAAUGCUAACAACCACCCCAACCAUUACCCCAAUAGGAACAACCACCCCAGCCACUACCACAAUUGUAACAACCACCCCAACCAUUACCCCUAUAGGAACAACCAUGCCAGCCACUACCCCAACUGUAACAACUAACCCAGCCACUACCCCAGUUGUAACAACAACAACAACAAUGCUAACAACCACUCCAAACAAUACCCCAACAGGAACAACCACCCCAGCCACUACCCCAAUGGUAAAAACGACUCCAACAACUACAACGACAGUAACAACCAUCACAACAACAUUAACAACCACACCAAUCACUACCACAAUAGAAACAACCACCCCAGCCACUACCCCAAUAGUAAAAACCACCCCAGCCACAACAACGGCAGUAAUAACCAUCCCAGCCACAACAACAACAGUAACAACCAGGACAACAGCAACCACAAAAAACAUUAUUACCCAUAUAAGGACAACUAAUACACAUCGAACCGAACCUGUACAAAUAGAAACGACUAAAGGAACACCAAGUACAACUAAAGAAACCACACUGGUGACUAAAACAACACCAGAAAGAACUCCAGUCACAACAACGUCAACGAUCUCCACAACACUGCCAACUACCACCUCCGUAGAAACCACAACUAGUGAAGCAACCCAAAGCACAACCACAACAGGUACCACCACUCUGCCUACCACAGAAAUCCCCACAACAUCGCCAAUACCCACAACUCCAGGAACAACCACUUCCUCAACUACAAAGUGUCAACCAACAUGCACAUGGUCCCAAUGGUUUGAUGUCGAUUUUCCCUCUUCUGGACCUAAAGAAGGAGACAUUGAAACCUAUAACAACAUAAGGGCAGCAGGAGGGAAAAUCUGCAAAAAGCCUGAAAAUAUUGAGUGUAGGGCAGAAAACUACCCAUACACAAGCAUCGAUGACCUUGGUCAAAUUGUGCAGUGCGAUGUCAAUUUUGGGCUGAUGUGCAAAAAUGAGGAUCAAAUUGGUAAAUUUAAAAUGUGUUUUAAUUACGAGGUACGUGUUUUGUGCUGUGAAGAAAACCUUAACUGCCCAACCCCAACCACAAGUAUUGCAACCACAACUAUACGUACACCACCAACUACAGUCACAAAACCACCACUGAAGUCACAACUUCUACUAAACCACCAGUAUUGCAACCACAACUAUACGUACACCACCAACUACAGUCACAAAACCACCACUGAAGUCACAACUUCUACUAAACCACCAGGCACAGAAACACCAGGGACUACCACUGCUGAAACAUCUCCAAUCACUACACCUAAAACAACAACCAGAAGCACAACGGGCACCACCUCUCUGCCUACCAAAGAAAUCACCACAACGUCAACGAUCUCCACAACACUGCCAACUACCACCUCCGUAGAAACCACAACUAGUGAAGCAACCCAAAGCACAACCACAACAGGUACCACCACUCUGCCUACCACAGAAAUCCCCACAACAUCGCCAAUACCCACAACUCCAGGAACAACCACUUCCUCAACUACAAAGUGUCAACCAACAUGCACAUGGUCCCAAUGGUUUGAUGUCGAUUUUCCCUCUUCUGGACCUAAAGAAGGAGACAUUGAAACCUAUAACAACAUAAGGGCAGCAGGAGGGAAAAUCUGCAAAAAGCCUGAAAAUAUUGAGUGUAGGGCAGAAAACUACCCAUACACAAGCAUCGAUGACCUUGGUCAAAUUGUGCAGUGCGAUGUCAAUUUUGGGCUGAUGUGCAAAAAUGAGGAUCAAAUUGGUAAAUUUAAAAUGUGUUUUAAUUACGAGGUACGUGUUUUGUGCUGUGAAGAAAACCUUAACUGCCCAACCCCAACCACAAGUAUUGCAACCACAACUAUACGUACACCACCAACUACAGUCACAAAAACCACCACUGAAGUCACAACUUCUACUAAACCACCAGGCACAGAAACGCCAGGGACUACCACUGCUGAAACAUCUCCAGUCACUACACCUAAAACAACAACCAGAACCACAAAGGGCACCACCUCUCUGCCUACCAAAGAAAUCACCACAACGUCAACGAUCUCCACAACACUGCCAACUACCACCUCCGUAGAAACCACAACUAGUGAAGCAACCCAAAGCACAACCACAACAGGUACCACCACUCUGCCUACCACAGAAAUCCCCACAACAUCGCCAAUACCCACAACUCCAGGAACAACCACUUCCUCAACUACAAAGUGUCAACCAACAUGCACAUGGUCCCAAUGGUUUGAUGUCGAUUUUCCCUCUUCUGGACCUAAAGAAGGAGACAUUGAAACCUAUAACAACAUAAGGGCAGCAGGAGGGAAAAUCUGCAAAAAGCCUGAAAAUAUUGAGUGUAGGGCAGAAAACUACCCAUACACAAGCAUCGAUGACCUUGGUCAAAUUGUGCAGUGCGAUGUCAAUUUUGGGCUGAUGUGCAAAAAUGAGGAUCAAAUUGGUAAAUUUAAAAUGUGUUUUAAUUACGAGGUACGUGUUUUGUGCUGUGAAGAAAACCUUAACUGCCCAACCCCAACCACAAGUAUUGCAACCACAACUAUACGUACACCACCAACUACAGUCACAAAAACCACCACUGAAGUCACAACUUCUACUAAACCACCAGGCACAGAAACACCAGGGACUACCACUGCUGAAACAUCUCCAAUCACUACACCUAAAACAACAACCAGAAGCACAACGGGCACCACCUCUCUGCCUACAAAAGAAAUCACCACGACGUCAACGAUCUCCACAACACUGCCAACUACCACCUCCGUAGAAACCACAACUAGUGAAGCAACCCAAAGCACAACCACAACAGGUACCACCACUCUGCCUACCACAGAAAUCCCCACAACAUCGCCAAUACCCACAACUCCAGGAACAACCACUUCCUCAACUACAAAGUGUCAACCAACAUGCACAUGGUCCCAAUGGUUUGAUGUCGAUUUUCCCUCUUCUGAACCUAAAGAAGGAGACAUUGAAACCUAUAACAACAUAAGGGCAGCAGGAGGGAAAAUCUGCAAAAAGCCUGAAAAUAUUGAGUGUAGGGCAGAAAACUUCCCAUACAUAAGCAUCGAUGACCUUGGUCAAAUUGUGCAGUGCGAUGUCAAUUUUGGGCUGAUGUGCAAAAAUGAGGAUCAAAUUGGUAAAUUUAAAAUGUGUUUUAAUUACGAGGUACGUGUUUUGUGCUGUGAAGAAAACCUUAACUGCCCAACCCCAACCACAAGUAUUGCAACCACAACUAUACGUACACCACCAACUACAGUCACAAAAACCACCACUGAAGUCACAACUUCUACUAAACCACCAGGCACAGAAACACCAGGGACUACCACUGCUGAAACAUCUCCAAUCACUACACCUAAAACAACAACCAGAAGCACAACGGGCACCACCUCUCUGCCUACCAAAGAAAUCACCACAACGUCAACGAUCUCCACAACACUGCCAACUACCACCUCCGUAGAAACCACAACUAGUGAAGCAACCCAAAGCACAACCACAACAGGUACCACCACUCUGCCUACCACAGAAAUCCCCACAACAUCGCCAAUACCCACAACUCCAGGAACAACCACUUCCUCAACUACAAAGUGUCAACCAACAUGCACAUGGUCCCAAUGUCACAAAGCCACCACUGAAGUCACAACUUCUACUAAACCACCAGGCACAGAAACACCAGGGACUACCACUGCUGAAACAUCUCCAAUCACUACACCUAAAACAACAACCAGAACCACAACGGGCACCACCUCUCUGCCUACCAAAGAAAUCACCACAACGUCAACGAUCUCCACAACACUGCCAACUACCACCUCCGUAGAAACCACAACUAGUGAAGCAACCCAAAGCACAACCACAACAGGUACCACCACUCUGCCUACCACAGAAAUCCCCACAACAUCGCCAAUACCCACAACUCCAGGAACAACCACUUCCUCAACUACAAAGUGUCAACCAACAUGCACAUGGUCCCAAUGGUUUGAUGUCGAUUUUCCCUCUUCUGGACCUAAAGAAGGAGACAUUGAAACCUAUAACAACAUAAGGGCAGCAGGAGGGAAAAUCUGCAAAAAGCCUGAAAAUAUUGAGUGUAGGGCAGAAAACUACCCAUACACAAGCAUCGAUGACCUUGGUCAAAUUGUGCAGUGCGAUGUCAAUUUUGGGCUGAUGUGCAAAAAUGAGGAUCAAAUUGGUAAAUUUAAAAUGUGUUUUAAUUACGAGGUACGUGUUUUGUGCUGUGAAGAAAACCUUAACUGCCCAACCCCAACCACAAGUAUUGCAACCACAACUAUACGUACACCACCAACUACAGUCACAAAAGCCACCACUGAAGUCACAACUUCUACUAAACCACCAGGCACAGAAACACCAGGGACUACCACUGCUGAAACAUCUCCAAUCACUACACCUAAAACAACAACCAGAACCACAACAGGCACCACCUCUCUGCCUACCAAAGAAAUCACCACAAUGUCAACGAUCUCCACAACACUGCCAACUACCACCUCCGUAGAAACCACAACUAGUGAAGCAACCCAAAGCACAACCACAACAGGUACCACCACUCUGCCUACCACAGAAAUCCCCACAACAUCGCCAAUACCCACAACUCCAGGAACAACCACUUCCUCAACUACAAAGUGUCAACCAACAUGCACAUGGUCCCAAUGGUUUGAUGUCGAUUUUCCCUCUUCUGGACCUAAAGAAGGAGACAUUGAAACCUAUAACAACAUAAGGGCAGCAGGAGGGAAAAUCUGCAAAAAGCCUGAAAAUAUUGAGUGUAGGGCAGAAAACUACCCAUACACAAGCAUCGAUGACCUUGGUCAAAUUGUGCAGUGCGAUGUCAAUUUUGGGCUGAUGUGCAAAAAUGAGGAUCAAAUUGGUAAAUUUAAAAUGUGUUUUAAUUACGAGGUACGUGUUUUGUGCUGUGAAGAAAACCUUAACUGCCCAACCCCAACCACAAGUAUUGCAACCACAACUAUACGUACACCACCAACUACAGUCACAAAAACCACCACUGAAGUCACAACUUCUACUAAACCACCAGGCACAGAAACACCAGGGACUACCACUGCUGAAACAUCUCCAAUCACUACACCUAAAACAACAACCAGAAGCACAACGGGCACCACCUCUCUGCCUACCAAAGAAAUCACCACAACGUCAACGAUCUCCACAACACUGCCAACUACCACCUCCGUAGAAACCACAACUAGUGAAGCAACCCAAAGCACAACCACAACAGGUACCACCACUCUGCCUACCACAGAAAUCCCCACAACAUCGCCAAUACCCACAACUCCAGGAACAACCACUUCCUCAACUACAAAGUGUCAACCAACAUGCACAUGGUCCCAAUGGUUUGAUGUCGAUUUUCCCUCUUCUGGACCUAAAGAAGGAGACAUUGAAACCUAUAACAACAUAAGGGCAGCAGGAGGGAAAAUCUGCAAAAAGCCUGAAAAUAUUGAGUGUAGGGCAGAAAACUACCCAUACACAAGCAUCGAUGACCUUGGUCAAAUUGUGCAGUGCGAUGUCAAUUUUGGGCUGAUGUGCAAAAAUGAGGAUCAAAUUGGUAAAUUUAAAAUGUGUUUUAAUUACGAGGUACGUGUUUUGUGCUGUGAAGAAAACCUUAACUGCCCAACCCCAACCACAAGUAUUGCAACCACAACUAUACGUACACCACCAACUACAGUCACAAAAACCACCACUGAAGUCACAACUUCUACUAAACCACCAGGCACAGAAACACCAGGGACUACCACUGCUGAAACAUCUCCAAUCACUACGCCCACACAAGUAACCACUCCAAUUAUCUCAAGUACACAAACAGGAACAACAGGAGUAACCAUGAGAACUACUCACUGCUUUUGCCAAAUUGAGGACGCUUUUUAUGCAUCUGGUGAAAUGAUUUACAAUGAAAUAGACAAGGAUGGAUGUAAUUUUUAUGCCAUUUGUAGUAAAACGUGUUCAGUGGAGCGAUUUAAGGGACCAUGUAAAUCAACAACUCCAGCAACAACUACACCUACACCUACAACGUCAACAUCUAUACCAACUAUGACUCCCACUACAACAGUUAGUUCAACCACUAAAAUUGAGUGUCCUGAUGCUAAACCACCCAGAAAGAUAGGUGAAACAUGGAAGAUAUCCAACUGUACCACUGCAACUUGCGAGGGCAAUAACAAAAUUGUUAUACAGAAAGUGAAAUGCCCACCUGUAAAGAAAAUUACCUGCGCCAACGGAUACCCACCAGUAAAGGUCUUCAGUGAGGAUGGCUGCUGUUACCACUAUGAAUGUGAAUGUGUCUGUAGUGGCUGGGGUGACCCUCACUACAUUACAUUCGAUGGAACCUAUUACACAUUCCUUGACAACUGCACAUAUACCCUGGUGAAGCAGAUUACCCCUAAAUAUGACAACUUCCGUGUUGACAUUGACAAUUACUUCUGCGAUGCGGAAGAUGGACUUUCCUGUCCUCAGUCCAUUAUUGUUUACUACAAGCACACAGUAGUAGUGCUGACACGUGAACUCUAUAAUGGAGUGAUGGCUAAUAAGAUUAUCUUCAAUAAAACAGUUGUCAACCCAGGCUUCCAGAAAGAUGGCAUUUCUAUUUACAUGCUUGGCAUCAACAUGGUUGUUGAAAUACCUGAGAUUGGAGCUACCAUCACUUUCAGUGGGUUGAUCUUCUCAGUGAAACUCCCAUUCAGCAAAUUUGGCAAUAAUACUGAAGGACAGUGUGGUACAUGCACAAACACCAAAACAGAUGACUGCCGCUUGCCAAGUGGUAAAAUUAUUCCUUCUUGUACCCAAAUGGCUCCCCACUGGAAGGUUGACGAUGGCAAGAAGCAAUACUGUGUAGGAACACCAACACCAACACCAGGACCCAGCACCCCCACUCCAGCUCCCAGCUGUCCCCCGUCUGCUCUUUGCAAGAUAAUUUUGAGCGAAGUCUUUGAAGAAUGCCACAAGGUAAUCCCACCACAAGAUUUUUACAAGGGCUGUGUCUUUGAUGCAUGUCACAUGACCAAUACAUCCAUGCAGUGUUCCGGCUUGGAGAUAUAUGCCACUCUGUGUGCCACUAGAGGUGUUUGUGUUGACUGGAGAGGAGAGACCAAAGGCAAAUGCCCAUAUAACUGUCCAUUGGGCAAAAUGUAUAAACCAUGUGGGCCUCUUAAUCCUGCUACCUGUGAUUCAAGGGCUAUUCAACACGAUGGCACUGGCCUAACUGAAGGAUGUUUCUGCCCUGAAGGAAAGAUCCUCUUCAACACAAACAGCGGUGUAUGUGUCUCUGGUUGUGAUAUCUGUAUAGGACCAGAUGGACUGCCCAGAUUACCUGGAGACCAGUGGAAAAGCAAUUGCCAGGACUGUGUUUGUGACCAGUACACUUUUAAAGUGCAGUGUACAAAGCACCCGUGUAAACCACUCCCACCAGUCUCUUGUGAUGACCCAGGGUUUGUACCUGUCCAGUUGCUGACACGAGAAGAUCCAUGCUGUGGCCAGAUUGAAUGCCGAUGUGACACUAGCAAGUGCCCCAAAUCAGUGGCCAGCUGUCAACCAGGAUACGAGUUAAUCCCAGAAGUAUUAAAUGGAAAUUGUUGUACAAUCUUCACAUGCAAGCUAAUACCAGGCUGUGUAACCAAUGGAACUUUCUACAUGCCUGGAGCUGUCAUUCCAAAAGGUACCUGUGAAAAGUGCACCUGCUCUGCUGAAGUAAAGCCAGACAGUCAGAGAAACACUGUUGUCUGCCAUCCCAUUCCAUGUGACACUGAGUGCCCAGUGGGCUAUGAAUAUAAGAUGAAAACUGGACAAUGCUGUGGCGAGUGUGUACAGGAGGCUUGUGUACUGAAGAUGGAGGAUAACACAGUCCAUGUGCUUAAGGCUGGAGAAGUCUGGCACGAGCCUGGAAAUAACUGUACCCUCUAUAAAUGUGAACAAAUUGAGGAUCAGUUUAUUCCUGUCACUAUAAGGAAAGUCUGUCCACCCAUGUACCCAGAAAACUGCGAACCUGCUGAUAUCAAGCUGAGUGCAGAUGGCUGCUGCAAAAGCUGCAUACCACAGGAAAAAGUAGCUUGUAGACCGCAUAGUACUCUCACUGUCAUCAGACACAAUGAAUGCAACUCUUCUGUGCCUGUGGAACUAACAUACUGCGAAGGCAACUGUGACACUUCUUCAAUAUAUUCCCUUGAGGCGAAUGUGAUGCAACACAAGUGUAAGUGUUGUCAGGAGGUCAAGACCAGCAAAAGACAGGUGACCCUGAGCUGCCCUGAUGGAAGCACCACUGAUUACUCAUACAUCCAUGUGGAGCAGUGUGAUUGUGCGGGCACGGAGUGCAUCCCCCAAACCACUCCCACCACUCCAGCACAGGAGCAGGAGCAGGAGCAGGAGCAAGAGCAGGAGCAGGAGCAGGAGCAGCAACAGGAACAGAUCCCCAGAAAAAUGAACCAAAAUCAGGAAGAGUAGAAUAUAGACUGAAAUAAAUCUUUUCACUUUUUUUUCCUAAUAAUAAACAAGUAUCCAAAGCAGCUAGAAUCUUGGACAUACGGAUGAAAUUCCUAUAUACAUGCUAGAAAUUUGUGUUUCCUAAUUAUUUCAACUUCCAUUAUCAAUGGAUCUCAUUGCUUUGAGUGUCUUCUUUUAACUUGAGAGGUACAGGAUUAGGAAAUCUUGAGGUUUGUUUUUUCUCGGCGGUGCUGUACUGUAUGACUGACAGCUUUUCUUUCAAUAGGGUGGGGUGAGUGGAACUAUACUCUUAACUAUUUCCACGGCACUUUUAGAAAGUCCUUGAUGUAAAUUAUAGUCUCUUUUUGGCUUGAAAUUUUCCCUGUGGUGAUUCUGAUACCUGACUGCCCAAGGCCAAGCAUAGAACAAACAUCACUGUGUCGUUAAUAAUUUUUCACUAGUCACGGUCAUUACACACCCACCUGACACUGACUAAUCAUUGCAUUGCAUUAGACAACUUUUAAAAUCCCUUUUGAUUCCUGUUCAGUUAGGCAGUGUCAACAAUUUAAGUCCAGGAAAAACAGACUAUCACUCUGACCUUCCUACCUUUAUGUUCGUUUGCUUGUUUGAUGUUUUAGCAUUAAAGAGAGUUUAGGUUGUAGACACGGCAUUUUCUCAAACUUCAAACUUUAAAGAUACUGGGGGAGUUUGUGGUGUUGUAGGAAAGAAAGGAAGGAAGGAAGAAAGAAACACUAUCAUAUAAGGCUGCUGCAGAAUAUCCUAUGUUUACAUGAGAUCAUCAGCAUAGUAAAUGUAUGAAAAUUUGGAUUUUUGUAUUAUUUGUUUUUGGUUAACUGUUUACAGAAGAAAUAUAUUUUUGCCAAAAGGGGUAUAUGAAGGAUUUUUGUAAACAAAAGUAAUAAUAAUAGUAAUAUAAAUUCUUUCCUAGGAAACUGAGCUUUUUUUAAAAUGUUGUACCAUUGCUAUUUAUUUUGUUUCUGGGAAAAAUAAGUGCAUAGGACCAUUUCCCCCACAAUUAAUGUUGCCCCCAUUUUCUAGCGUCAGUGGGUAUCUGGUUGUGGGAUGUUUUCUUUUUCUAUUUUGUUUUGGGUUUUGUUUGUUUCUUAAGAGGAAAAAAAGUUAUGAUGAUUAAUAAACUUUUAGCAUUUUGCAA